AUGCAUUUGGUAUGUCUCGGGCAUGUUCCACAACUGAUAAAACGUUGGUGCAAGGCAAUAAAUAAGCAAGCUAUUCAAGAUAUAGACAGCAUGUUACAACGAAUACGUAUUCCACAUAACAUGCGAGUGGUUUAUCUUGAUCCAAUUACGGCGGUUGAUCAAUGGAAGGCAAAACAUGCUCGUUUAUUUGUCUUGCAUGUGGGCGUGCCAGUAUGUGUUGCCUAUCUACCUCAAUUAUUCGCUUCUCACUUCGUCGUUUAUUCUCUGGCUAUGAAACUAUUACAUGCACCUGAUUCGACCGAAGAAAUCAUUUUCGCUAAACAGUUGAUUAACUUUUAUUGUAAAAAAGCGCCGCUCGUCUAUGAUUUGUCAAUCGAAUUAUUUUCUUUACAUGCACAUCUUCAUCUGCCAAAACAAGUCGAAGUUCAUGGAAGACUAGCGUUUACUUCGGCAUACACGUUUGAAUCAUGCAUAAGAUUCAUCAAAAAGAAAGCUCAUGGAGCUAGGAACUUGGCUAGCCAAAUAGCGUAUUGGAUUGAUAUUCAGUGUAUUAUGAAAACUAGUCCGUUCGUAAUAUCAACGUCUGCUGCCAUUAACAAGAUACAUAUCGAUCACACUGUCGUUAGUCCAUAUCGUACGAUAUUAUUGAGACUUUUAACUGUUUACAAUCAAGAUGUUCGUGAUGUUGUAUUAUUCAAACGGUAUAAAACUGCAUUUAUCACGUAUCACUCUACUAUCUACGACGAAGCAUUCAAUUGUGUCAGUUGUAUUGUUUCAUUUUGGGCGGAUCAUAGUAGAAGCGAAUAUGGAAAUAUAAUCUUAUUUUAUCAAUAUCGCACUGAUUACUUUGCAUUUGUGCAAAAAUAUGAAGCAUCAGCAGUUCAGUUAUCACAGCUUGUGAAUAUUCCAGUUGAAAUGAAUGAAAAAUUGGAUGAACUAUUUCCUCUAGUGUCGCUGACCGAUAAUUUUGUUAUUGUUCCCAUGUAUGACAAUUUAGAUGCUAUACAGAAUGAUUAUGUCAAAAUGUACACCACAAGUCGACGAAGUGCUCUCAAUGAAAAAUAUAAAUUAGUGAUUUUUCCCAGUGAUAAUACAUUUUCGAUUGUGAAAGACAAACAAUGUACGCAAACUGAACAUGGCGGACUAAUCUUUGUGCACGAUGGAAGUAAGAAAUAUAAAGCUAUGGUGUUUAAAGAAGGUACAAUGGCCGAGUUAUCCAAAGCCGCAACAUUGUUAAAUAAAGUGAUGAAUACAGAUAUCGAAAGUGAUUUUGAUCCCGAUGGCGUCGAAAAUAGGAACAAAGCAAAGAAAAUUGAACAAACAAAAAUCGAUCUCAAUGAACAGUUUGCACAAACACCGAAAACUCAAAGCCCAUCGUAUGCUUGUUCAACAGAAAAUGAUGGUAACAAAAAUGUCCUUGAUACAAUUCACAAUAUGUCAUUAUUAUCUUCACCUCCACUACUAAAUCUAAAAAAACGAGCCUCAAUGGCAAGCACUUAUUCCACAGCAAAGCAAAUGCGUUUUGAAGAGGAAGACAAUAGUUUUGAACGGACGACAAAUUAUGAUCCAAAUCGUCCAACAACAUCAAUAACAUCAAGUUUGAAAACGCCAACAAUGACCGGUAGAAGAAUCCUCAAAAUCUAUGAUGACGAUGAGAAUCCAUCAUCACCGUCAAACUGUUUAUCAAUUUCUAGUGAUAAAAUUGAAAAAUACUUGAAACAAGUACUGGUCAGUCAAGACAGAAUGGAAAAAAAAAUAGAAAUGCUAUUUGAAAAUCAAAAAAAAAUUCAAAAAGCGUUGGUAAAACAUAAGGUACCCUGA